UAAACUCUCCGGGCUUUAGGACCUGGCGGGCACCAAACAACCAGCAGUGGAGUGACGACGACGUGCUAACGUGCUAAGCUAGGUGCUUAGCCCGGCUGAGACGGUCGAGCAGCUAUUUUAGCGUCUGCCUGUUGGCGGACUGUUACAUUACCCUGGAGUAAUAUUUCAUUUUGUUGCCGUGUGUUUUGUGUUCGUUAGCCACCAGCUUUGUUUCACAAUGCCAAGCAAAAAGAAAAAAUACAACGCCAGAUUUCCACCCGCAAGGAUUAAGAAGAUUAUGCAGACUGAUGAAGAAAUAGGCAAAGUAGCUGCAGCAGUACCGGUUAUUAUUUCAAGAGCCCUGGAGCUUUUCUUGGAGUCGCUGCUCACCAAGGCUUGUCAUGUCACUCAGUCCAAAAACGCAAAGACCAUGACGACAUCACACUUAAAGCAAUGCAUUGAGCUGGAGCAGCAGUUUGACUUCUUGAAAGAUCUGGUGGCGACGGUGCCGGACAUGCAGGGCGAGGGGGAUGAGAACCACAGCGAGGCUGCGGGGGAAAAGGUGCCACGAAGGGGGCAAAAGCCAGGUUCCGCUCACAAGAACGGCGGCGCGGGCUCUAAGGGCAAGGACAAGAAGUUAUCCGGAACUGAGUCAGAGCAAGAGGAAGACUCUGAGGACAGCGAGACGGACGGAGACGAAGAGGACGGAUCUCAGUCGAGCACAAACCUGCAGGCUCCAGCUAGAUUCCACAGCAUCCACGCACCACCGAAGCACACGCACACAGUGGUCCCAGGGGACGGCGUGGCUCCGGCGCCCGUCCGGUGCCCAGUGACCUUCGCCUUGCACCCCUCCGCAAUGGGCACGGCGCCACCUCCGCCGGCACUGCAACGAAAUGAGGACUACGACGAGGAAGACUAUGACUCUUAACUCCCCUUUCAGCACGCACAAACGCACACAUUUUUUUUUUUUUUUUGUGUUAAGUCACUCUCGCGGAGCAAAAGACUCUUCGUCGACGAGAGACGCCGAAGAAAGGAAGACGCUUGUAAAUUGAUUCAUUUUUGCGUUCUCUUUUAAACUGUGGCUUUUAUUUCACUGUAGAUGAGAAUCCAACCAGGAUAUUUUUAAGGGGUUCACUUACAGUACAGUUUCUUUCUUUUGUUCUCUUUUUAAUUCAUGUUUUUAUCCCCUGCCCUAAAAAAAGACACCUGUUCUGCCAAAUAGUUUCCAUUCAGGCCACACUCAUCUCUGAGUCGCUCUUUUGUUGCUCCACGGCCACUCCUGCCGCCCCCCUCCUUUUUUUUAUUUUAUGUUUUAUUUUAGAUCACUUUUAAUGACUACAUUGAAAGUAGACACGAGGUUCCCCUUUCUGUCCAUGUUAAAUGUUUUCAAAUAGGCAAAGGAAGUUGCAUUGUGAACGUUUUAACAUUGUUUUCGUUUUUGUAUGGAUUAAA